UGUUUGUUUCUGUGUUGUGAUUGGAUGAGCUGCUGUGUGUUUGUUUCUGUGUUGUGAUUGGAUGAGCUGCUGUGUGUUUGUUUCUGUGUUGUGAUUGGAUGAGCUGCUGUGUGUUUGUAUCUGUGUUGUGAUUGGAUGAGCUGCUGUGUGUUUGUAUCUGUGUUGUGAUUGGAUGAGCUGCUGUGUGUUUGUUUGUCAGCACAUGAUGCGUGUGUUUCACGCUCUGGACGGAUCUGUGGAGCGUCAGGAUUCUGGUCUGUGGAUCAACAGUCUGGAUUAUACGGGUAUGCAGCACAUCACAGCACAUGCACCGGAGAUCAACGACAGCAUCCGCACGCGCUGUCAGGACCACCUGCCCUUCUGUGGCUUCCCCUGGUUACUUCCUGUUAAAUUCCUCAUCAAGAAGAAUUGGUAUCUUCCAGCUCCUGAAGUUUCUCCCAGAUCUCCGCUGGAGUUUCAGCUGUUGUCCAGAGAGGAGACCACCUGGGGAUCUGUUAAAAUGACCUUUGAGGCUAAAGGACCGAGUCACAUGUCUCUGUACCUGCGGCCGCACGCGGGCACGUCUUUGAGCCGCUGGUCGUUCGGUGACGGGACGCCGCAGUUUGAUCUCAAUGGAGAAUAUUUCAUCUUUUAUUCUCACGGUCUGGACGCACCUGCCUGGAACUUCUGGUUUGAGAUUCAGCCGCACGAGCCCUCAGAAGUGUUCACUGAUGAGGGAAUGAUCUCUCUCGCUCUCUCGGCUCAUUAUUUCUCAGGUUCAGAUCGGAGCUCAGAGCAGCUGGAGUCUUUGCUGAAGAAGUUUCCAGACUGGGCUUUCGCGUCCUCAUGGGUCAGCACAUAUCACAUGUACAGAUACUGACACGCGCACGCGCACACGCACACACACAUCACACAUGUUCACUGGAGUACAAUACCACGGUACAAACGUCAUUUCACACAUUCCACUGACAGUGUUUGUUCUUGGUUUUUUAUCUUCAAGAAUCCUUGUUUUUAUAAAUCAGCUGUUUGAUUUUUGCUUUGCAUUGUGACAUGAUUCUCACGACAGUUAAACACAUUAUUUACUGCUUUUGAGCUGUCAUUCUUAUUGUGUAUUACUCUAACAGUAAACAGUUUUUAAAUGACUGUACUAGACUGAAUAUAUAUACGGUGUAAUACAAUUAGUUUGAGUUAUUUGAUUUGGCAUCCGAACAUUGGAUGAAUAUCAUCACUGCUUUUUCACAUCAUUGUAAUAAACAUACGAGAGUUUAACUGUCAUGAAAAUGUCACAAUGCAAAAACAAUGUUUUUUAUUCAUUCUUUUUUAACUUCAGUUGAUUUUGGGGUUAAAUAUGAACUGGACAUGUUGACAGAUUUCAUGAGUAAGUGUGUAGUUUGUGUGUGUGUCAGGAGUGAGUUUGGUCUUGUAGAUUCACACGUGAAACAGGACUGACAGUUUUUGACUCUUUAGGUGUUUCAGCAGUUUGACGCAGAACACUGAUGAGACAUUUCAGUUUCGUAGUAUUUAAUCAUAUGUUUUGAUGAUGAAUGUGAUGUAAAUGUUUCUCUGAUGUCUGUAUGUGUCAAUCAAACUGGCGCUUCCGACAGAAACUCGGACACCUCAGACAUGCAAACUCCACUCGUAGUCUUCAUUUCAUUUCAUGUCGUGGACUCAAACGAAUAAUGAAGAAAUCUGUUCUGUUGUACUCGCUGGAGUAACCAUGGCAACACAGGAUUUUAACUCCUGAAAAUAAUCGUUGAAUGGUUGUUUUUUUACAUUUCAGUUUUACAGUGACCGUGCUAGCCAAAGAUUCCACAUACCAUGGUACUUUUUUGACCGCUGUAACACACAGUUGUGAGCGGUGUGAAGGUCUUGAUUUUUAUCUCUGCGUCUGAUCAGGUCUGUUCUGAUUCACAAGAUCAAGUUCUGAUGAAAUGAACCAAAUCAAAGUGUAUGAUUCACAUUCAUCUCUUCUGCUGACGCUUGCUUUUAUUUUCUAAUGGUUGAAUUAUUUCAGUUUAAUGAAGUCGAUUUGAUUGUGUUUGUAUUUUAUUCUACAGCAAAUGAAACACUGGAUGAUUAAUGUGAAUGCAGACGAUGGAAACCUCUUGAAUCUUUAUGACUGUUUUAAUCUAUUUAAUGUAAAGUGUCAGUAAUGCAGGUGGUGAUGGUCUGACGUGACAUGUCAUGUGUUAAGAAUGAAUGAAUGAAAACUUCUGUUAUUACUGAUAAAAUCACUUUCUCAAUCACCAGCUGCUUUAAAGUUCAUAAGAGUUCGGAACUUGGUUCUAUUGCAGCAUGUUUGUGUUGUGAUUUGACCUCAUGAUAUUAUGGGAUGUCAUCACUAAGGUCUUACUGGUAUCCAGGACAUUUAUACACAGGUUUCUCUGCGUGUGUAACUUGAACAACAACAACAAAUAAAACUGAUAAACGAUUGCACAAUACUGUAAUAUCAUCAACGUCUCUUCACACAAAUGUUUCUUUCUAUGUCUUGUUUUAUUUAAAAAAAUGAUCUUGAAUAUUUUUAACAGUAAACAUCAUUUGAUUUGAUGUUAUUGUGAUUCAUUCAGCACUGAUGUGUAUUACAGUGUCUUUAAUGUUUGUUCGCUCGUCUUUUUUCUCGCCGUUCUCACUGCACUAAAUUGUUCUUCCAAGACAAUAAAUCACGUUUUUUGUUUCACGCCUCUGAGUUUUAUUCUG